AUGUAUAUGCAGGAGCAGGAUCAGGAGCAGGAGCAGGAGACAGGAGCAGGAGACAUGAGAAAGCAGGAGCAGGAGGCAGAAACAGGCGCAGUCGCAGUCGCAGUCGUAGUCGCAGUUGCUGUAGCAGUCGUUACGAUCAGAUCUGCUGUUACUACAUUGGGCGGCGCCAGCAAAGCCUUCAGCAAAAUAACCGUGAACAAUGUGCUCAGCGAAAGUGGCGCCAAUGCGCUCCAGCAGCACAUCAGCAAUCAGAAUACAAUUAUACGCAAGAUCAAAGAUUUUGGCAUGCUGGGCGCUGUCCAGAGUGCAGCAGCAGCAGCAGCAGCAGCAUCAACAACUACUACAACAACAACAACCACAAAUGUGGCAAGCAUGCCACGAAAGCGUCCACUGGGCGAGUCCAAGAUGCAAAAUGAGCAGAACAAAGCUGGAGCAGUGAACAACAGCAACAGCAACAAGCGCAGCAAGCUGACCACCAAAAAGAAUCCAAAGCAGCCGCAACAACAACAACAACAGCAACAGUUGCAGUUGCAAUUGCAGGAGAAGCAGCAGCAACUGCCAGUGACCAAAUGCUUGGAGCUGCUUAAUCGUCCAGCGGGCACACCGGGACGCAAAGGAUUGCCGCCGCCACAGGCUGUGGCACGUCGCAAUGCACGUGAAAGGAAUCGCGUCAAGCAGGUCAACAAUGGAUUUGCUUUGUUGCGCGAUCGCAUCCCCGAGGAGGUAUCCGAGGCGUUCGAGGCACAGGGUGCUGGCCGCGGCGCCAGCAAGAAACUAUCCAAGGUGGAAACGCUGCGGAUGGCCGUCGAGUAUAUUAGGAGUUUGGAGCAUUUGUUGGGCUUUGAUUUUCCGCCGCUCAAUUGCAAUUCGAAUAGUUCAUCGAGUGGCGAUGAUAGCUUCAUGUUUAUCAAGGAUGAAUUCGAUGGUUUGGACGAACACUUUGAUGAUUCGCUGAGCAACUAUGAGUUGGAGGAGAGCAUUUGCUUGCAGCAGCAGCUACCACUACAGCAACAACAACAGCAACAGCAGCAGCAGCAGCAGCAACAGCAGCAGCAACAGCAACAGCAGCAGCAAUUGCCAGAACCGGAGGAUUUGUUGCUGUUGCCAAAUGUGACGACAUUGAAUGGUUUGCAGUACAUAAGGAUACCCGGUACGAGCACCUAUCAGCUGCUCACGCCGGAUAUGCUGCAGCAGCAGCAGCAGCAACAGCAGCAGCAGCAGGACAACUCCAGCAGUUUGGAGGAUGAGGAGCAUUUUAAUGCAUUAAUUGACACAAAUUGCCUGAGUCCAACAACAACAACAAUUGCCGCUGCAGCUGCAGCAGCUGCCCCAACAAGCAACGGUGAAUGUGCGUGUGCCGCACAACAACAACAACAACAGCGUCAGCAACUGAUCAAACAGGAAUACAGUGAGGGUGAUUUUGUGCAUGUCACCAGCAACAGCAACAACAACAACAACAAUAGCAGCUCCCCGCCAGCAAUCAACACCAACAACAGCAACUAUCAGCAGCAAAAGCAACCAUUACUUUGCUCACCGGUGCUGCCCGCGUUCUAUGACCACGAAUCGGGUGCAUCCUUCUAUGACAAUGUUGUUGUUGGUCUGCCCAGUUUCAAAAAGGAGUUCACCGAUGUCCUGCAGGAUCAGUCGACAACUGUUGGCGGUUGUCUAUCGGAUGAGAGCAUGAUCGAUGCCAUCGAUUGGUGGGAGGCACACACGCCCAAAUCCGAUUCGGGCACCGUUGCUGGCAUCUAG